CGAUCAGCUGAGAGGCGGGGAGGGAAGAGCUCUGCAGUUUGCAGGCUGCUCCGAUCUAGGCCUCAUCGCCGAUCCUAGGCCAGAGCUGGAGUCUCUGACUCACAGGGGAAGAUGUUUGCUUUCCUGGGGCUCCUGGUUCCCCUGGUUGCCCUCGGAGCUUGUGCUCCACUACAAGGAAUAAGCAACCGUACUAAGCUCCUGCUGGUGUCUUUUGAUGGUUUUCGCUGGAAUUAUGACCAGGAUGUAGACACCCCCAACCUGGAUGCCAUGGCUAGAGAUGGGGUGAAGGCACGUUACAUGACUCCUCCUUUUACCACCCAGACAAGUCCUUGCCACUUCACUCUGCUUACAGGAAAGUACAUUGAGAACCAUGGAGUGAUCCACAACAUGUGGUUCAAUGCCAGCACAGGGCAGAAGCUGCCUUAUUACAACACACAGAGGGUAUCCGCCUGGUGGGACAAUGGCAGCCUCCCUAUCUGGAUCACAGCACAAAGACAGGGUUUAAAGACAGCGUCCCUCUUUUUCCCUGGAGGUAAUGCCACCUACCAAGGAGAAAGGGUGAAUGUGAAUAAAGUGGAGAAGCUCUUUCACAAAUAUGACAAUGAGACUGAGUGGAGGCAGAACAUUGACACCGUCAUGAAGUGGUUCACUGAGGAUGGUCUUGACUUUGUUGCUCUUUACUUUGGAGAACCUGACUCCACAGGACACAAAUAUGGCCCAGAAUCACAGAAAAGGAAAGACAUGGUCAGUCAGGUGGAUCGGACAGUUGGUUACUUGAGACAGCGCAUCAAGGAGAACAUGAACUCUACGCUCAACUUGAUCAUCACAUCUGACCACGGCAUGGAGCAAGUCAUCAAAGAGGACGAAAUUUUCCUGCGAACUGUGAAGAACUUCUCUUUUAGUGACAUCAAGUUUGAGUUGGUAGACUAUGGACCACUGGGGCUUCUGGAACCCAAACCAGGAAAACUGGAACAAGUUUAUGAGGCUCUGAGACAGGCUCACCCCAAACUCCAUGUCUAUAAGAAGGAGGACUUCCCCAAGAGAUUCCAUUAUGCCAACAAUACUCGGGUCUCACCUCUUGUGUUGUACGGUGACUCUGGCUACGUGAUCCAUGGGAGAAUCAAAGUGCAGAUCAACAAGGGGGAACAUGGCUUUGACAACGAAGAUAUAAACAUGAAGACCAUAUUCCGGGCUGUGGGACCAGCCUUCAGAAGAGGGCUAGAAGUCGAGCCUUUUGAAAGUGUGAAUGUUUAUGCUCUCCUCUGUGAACUUCUGGAGAUCACUCCUGAGCCAAACGAUGGAUCCUUGGAAGCCACACAGCAUAUGCUGGUCAAAAAUGCAGGGACCAGAACAAUUUCUCCUCUUGCCACUUGGAAACUUACAUGGCUGUUAGGCUUCGCUGCCUUUCUGAGAUUCUUGACUGGGAUUCCUUGUCAUGUGCUUUUGUAAGGAUGUUUUCCAGCUUCCUGGGAAAGGGCACCAACCAGGGGAAAGGAGCAUUACAGCACAAGAAGGUAUUCCCAGUGAACAAAAGGAAGGGCAAUCGGAGUGAGCAAGGGACAGGAGGAACACUCCGGAUCUUCAUCCACCCCCACCUCUGAAUUCACCAUCCUGCACUUCCGGGCUUCUAUGGGAGGAGAUCUUUGUGGGGCUGCAUCAGGGAAACAGCUGUGUGAGCCCCCUCACACCUUUCCCCCUCUCUAGGGUUGCCAACUGUCCCUCAUUACACUGAAUGUCCUUCAUUUCAGGGAUGAAAUGUUAGUCCCUAUACUAUAGGGACAGCAUGGGUCCCUCAUUUUGGUGACGGGGCAAGCAGCUUCUUAUUUUGAGAAAUUUUUUUGGUUGAAAAGUGGUAUAACUUGAAUAUGUUUUAAAUAAUAAUGCUGGCAUUAUGCAAUAGCAUAUAAUUCAAAUACAUAUAUGUCAAUGAUACUCAGGCUGCGGUAUCAUUUACCAUUGCAUACUCCUGCCCCACCCCCAGCCAGGCCCCCAGCCCCCUCAAACCUGUGUCCCUCAUUCUGGCAAUGAAAUGUUGGCAACCCUACCCCUCUCCCAACUGUGGUCACUAAUAUGCAGGGUAGGGGCAAGUUUGGUUCCCAUCUCAGCUUCUUCCACAGUUGCAAGCCCUUUACUUUAUCACAUUAGUGAGCAGCUAUCACCAACUUCUUUUGAGAGAGCAAAGGGGCUGCAAUGGAAAACACUGCUGAAGAGGGAAGCAAAACCUCUUUCCUCCUCUAGACACUGGAAACUCCAGUGCUACCACCACAAGGGAGUAGGCUUUGUAACACUUCAUCUGUGCUCCAAUUGCAUCCUCUUUAUUCUUCCUCAAAAUAUCCAUCUCCCCCACUGGCUUGUAUGGGGGAUGGAUCUCCCAUCUUACUGGCAAGCAUUUUUCUUUCCAAGAAUGAACACUGAGGUGUGUUUUUUUUAAAGGAGGGUGAGGGGCAUAGCUCUUGGAUAGUUAUAGCUUAUGAUUUUUGUCAUGCUUUGGGCUGGAAACAAUGUCUUUGGUUCUUCUCCAUUUACAUUUAGCUAAUCUUAAAACAGCAAUUUGAGGUUUUUCCCACCAUACUGGUACAAUUCCAGAUCUUCCUCUGUCUGUCUGCCUGUCUCUCACUGCCAUGCACACAUACACCCUCCUGGGAAAGCUACCUGUUGCAUUAUCAAUUCUGGUACUGACUAUAUUGUUAGAAAUUGGUAAUACCGGCAGGACUUUAAUUCGUAAUUCCUGCUGUACUUGGCCUUAUGAGUUGAUGCUUGAAUUGUCCAUCUGUUCUCCACAUUUUAGUAAUGUACAUACAAUGCAAAAGAGUUUAUUGCAGUUGGGAAUUCUCUUGCCAUUUGAGGAGGGGGAAAUUGUUCAUAUCUUUGAAAAUAAUCUGCAGGAAGCUGCAAAGCAGCAGAGCAUUGAGAAGUAUUUGCCAGCAAAGUAAAGGGAUAGCUUCCAUUCCUCCUUUGUGAAUGAAAGAGGAGAGAGAGAGAUUAAUAUGCAUAAUGAGCUGACCAGGAUCUUGAGUCCCCAACAACCAUGAUGGCUACUUUUGACAAUCUGUGAUAUUGACUUUUUGAUUAUCUGAGCUAGGACUGGCAAGUUCAUGUAGACAGAGGCAUUCUUCCAUUGACAGCUAUAGGACAGGCAAAACACAACAUGCAGCUUUUCUGUCUCCAUAUUUCCAUGCUGGGAGAGGUUUUGCCUAUUGGAUUCCAGCUGCUGAGGGCUUCUGCUUUAAAAAUAAUAAUGCAGAAAACCCGUUUUACAGUAUUCUGCUAUAGACACUACGGCACUGUACUUUACAUAAUGGUAAAGAUACUCUCAUGUAUCCCUUUCCCCAAUUGUCAGAGAAACCCUUGAACUGAACCAGCCAGCCUGGACUCGUAAUACAGAAGCUCCUGACGAAUUUCAUGUUAUAAAAUAAAAGUAUUCCUAUUUGGACAA